AUUUUUAAAUACACACAUCGCACCGGUGAAGGUUUGACGGCUGGAGGUGAUUCGCGGAGCUUUCAGACCGGCUCGCCGUCAAACUGCUGACUCUAAACACGAAACAUGGUCCAUUUUAACAAAUGGACGUUAGUGAGGAGCGCGUCUCUCACCGACAGGACUGCCGCACGGGAUUUAAAGCUCCGAUAGUGGCUUGUGGUGACGGUGGACUGGUUUAGUAUAUGAAAUACAAGGCUGUGAACAGAUCAUGGCUUGUUUUAAACGCGUAUUGUUUAAUUGAUUACCGACUGUGAUUGUAGAGCGAAGGGCUUCAGCUGCCCCGCCGUUUGUUUGCUGGAAACAUUGACUCAACAGCACACCAAAUCAAGAUGACAGUGGAAAAUACAACUAUCAAAAGUCGGAUUAAAAAUCUGCUCCGCUCGCCUUCCAUCAAAUUGAGAAGAAGUAAAGCUGGGAACAACAAAGAGAAUCUCAGUAAUAAGGUGACGUUGGAGAAAGUCCUGGGAAUCACUUCCGCUGGGAAUCGUGCUUUGGCGUGUGACCCACGUUCAGGACUGGUUGCCUACCCAGCCGGAUGUGUGGUGGUGCUACUGAACCCCAAGAAAAACAAACAGCAUCAUAUCCUCAAUAGCUCCAGGAAAACCAUCACUACCGUCUCCUUCUCUCCUGAUGGCAAAUACGUGGUCACAGGCGAGAGUGGUCAUAUGCCGGCGGUGCGUGUCUGGGAUGUGGCAGAGAGGACACAGGUGGCGGAGUUACACGAACAUAAAUAUGGCGUGGCGUGUGUGGCUUUCUCCCCCAAUAGUAAAUACAUCAUCAGUGUGGGAUACCAGCACGACAUGAUCGUCAACGUCUGGGCCUGGAAGAAAAAUGUUGUGAUUGCCGCCAACAAGGUGUCCAGUAAAGUGACGGCUGUGUCUUUCUCAGCUGACAGCUCGUACUUUGUUACAGCCGGGAAUAGACAUGUGAAGUUCUGGUAUCUUGACCACACCAAGUCGUCCAAGGUGAACGCUACAGUACCAUUAUUGGGCCGCUCUGGUCUUCUUGGAGAGCUGCGGAAUAACUUCUUUAGCGAUGUGGCCUGUGGAAAGGGCCGGAAGGCGAACAGCACCUUCUGCAUCACUUCCUCUGGGCUGCUCUGUGAAUUCAAUGACAAAAGAAUGCUGGACAAGUGGGUGGAGCUCAGGAAAAAUGACAGUUUCGCAACCAGUAUGGCCACGUCUCUGUCCGUCAGCGAGGAUCUGAUCUUCUGUGGUUGUGCUGAUGGUACGGUGAGAGCGUUCAGCCCCACUGACCUGCACUUUAUCUAUACGCUGCCUCACCCUCACAGCCUGGGCACAGACAUCGCCACUGUUACUGAGGCCAGCCAUCUCUUCGCCUACAAGGAAAACGUCCGCUAUCCUGACACAGUGGCCGUGUCCUAUGACCCCACGAACCGCUGGCUGUCCUGUGUCUACAACGAUCACAGUCUGUACGUGUGGGAUGUACGUGAUCUUCGUAAAGUGGGCAAGGUUUACUCAGCUCUCUACCAUUCGGCCUGCGUAUGGAGUGUGGAGGUGUACCCAGAGACGAGGGAUGGAGAGCAGCCACGUUUUUCUCCCGGAUCGUUCCUCAGCUGUUCUUCUGACAAUACUCUCCGUUUAUGGAACACAGACGCUCAGAACACCACCCUCAGCCGAAACGUCAUCAGCAAUGACCUCCAGAAGGUCAUUUAUAUGGACAGCAACACCUCCCCCCUGCUGGACACGGACUGCACCAUCUCCAGUAACUCUGAGAAGGCCGACCCACAGACCUCAGAUAACCGGACAGGCAUUAGGACCAUGUGCGUGAGCCCAGACGGGCUGCACCUGGCAUCAGGGGACCGCAAUGGAACACUGAGAAUCCAUGAUUUGGAGAGCAUGGAGGAAAUUCUAGACGUUCAGGCCCACGACUCUGAGAUCCUGUGUCUAGAGUACUCAAAACCAGAGACUGGGCUGAAACUGUUGGCCACCGCCAGCAGAGACAGACUGAUCCAUGUUCUGGAUGCGGAUCGGGAAUACGGCCUCCUGCAAACACUGGAUGAACACUCUUCCUCUAUCACUGCUGUCCGAUUCGCUACUAACGAUGGGAAAGUCAGGAUGAUCAGUUGCGGUGCCGAUAAGAGCAUCUACUUCCGCACGGCACAGAAGACAGAGGAGGGAACAGCGUUCACACGCACUCAUCACAUAGUGAGGAAGACUACUCUGUAUGACAUGGACAUCGACCCCACAAGGAAAUACGCUGUUAUUGGAUGUCAGGAUCGCAGCAUCAGGAUUUUUAACAUCUGCAAUGGCAAACAGAAGAAAGUCUACAAGGGCUCCCAAGGGGAGGACGGGACCCUUAUCAAGGUUCAGACGGAUCCCUCUGGUCUCUAUGUGGCCACAAGCUGCUCGGACAAAAACAUCAGCAUCUUUGACUUAUACACUGGAGAAUGUGUGGCCACCAUGUUUGGCCAUUCUGAGAUUGUAACAGGAAUGAAGUUUACUAAUGACUGUAAACAUCUGAUAUCUGUGUCGGGAGACAGCUGUAUCUUUGUGUGGAGGCUUUGUCCUGAGUUGACCAUCAAUAUGAGACAACGGCUUUCGGACCUGAAACAGAACAGCAAACCUGUUCAGAAGACCCCUCCAAAUAAACAACACACACUUGGCACAAGGAAAGAAAACCACAGUGCCCCGGUCAUUGGCACCAUGUCGUCCGACAGCGACAAAGAUGUGGAGGAAGAGGAGGGCAUUGAAGAGGAAGAUGAGAUGUUCCCUCACCUGUCAUGGGGCAGCAGUGGUGGCGAGGAGACAGGAUCAUCUGAAGAAAACCACAACACUCUCAAUUCCCACAUGAAGAAGCAGUCCAACAGUUGUGAACAUGAGGGUUCAGGUCCACGACCAAGACGGCGCUGGUCCAGGCGAAUGGGUAGUAUGGAUCUGAAGGUGAAGUCCAUGCUGGACCUGAGGCAGCUGGAGUCGUUCGCCAUGCCUCUCUUCCCCAGCAAAACCCAAGACGUUCAUAAAGAUCUUCCACCGCCUAGGAACCAAGAACUAGGCAGCACCAUCAGUCUGCAGACUAUUGCCGCAUGGGUACCUGAAGAGAAUGAACCAGGAGGACAAGCACAUCCUCAUUAUAUCAAACUGUCGCCUCAAACCCCAGAGACAGAAGUGCUGUAUCCUGAGGGAUGUGAAGACCAAAUCAGUCUUGCUGGAAGUGAGUAUCAAGUGAAAAAGCUGCCUCAUGGAGUGAGAUGUGCUAAAGUGAACUCUUGUCCUGAGAAGCAGAGUCCAGACAGCGCCUGCUCUAUGGAGUAUUCCAGCAGUCGUCUUUCAAGCCCUGAACGCCCUGGGGAAGACUCUGAGCCGACUGAGCCAUUGAGUGUAGAUGGAAACUCAUCAGAACUGGAUAUGGAAGAUCUUGAUGAGGAAGAGGAGGACAGCCUGAGGAAGAAUGAGGUUCAGACUCCUGUACCUCAGACCCCAGACCAGGAGGCGUUUCUCAAAAGGCACUUUGCAAACCUGUCAGACCUCAACAACACUGCAAUUCCAACCAGAGUAACUCCAAAUAUCUCUGACAGCAUGUCAUCGAAGUUUCUCUUUCAGAACUCUCCUAGCAGAACUCCAUUCCCGUUCCCCUCAAACAAAAGCAGUGACAUUAAAACCACCAGUGGAGUUGUACGGCCACUUAUCUCAGAGGUGCGGCCCCUCAUGGAGAAUAAGAGUCCAGGCAAACAGCAGGAAUCCCAUGGAACUGAGAGGACAACAGGUCAACGUUUAAUCCAGAAGAAACGCACGGCCAUCAUGGAUUCCCGCAGACUGAUCAGCCCUGUCGCUAAAGCCGCCGCAAGUCACAACAGUUCUGCAGGCAUGAGGAAAGCUCAGUCUAUCCACAACAUCUCCUCAGAGGCUGACGCGGUCCAGAUAUCCAGUCGUCCUUUUAAGGAAGUCCAUCCACAGUCGCAGACUCCAGACCACCAACAGACGCAAAGACCACGGCGUUCCCUUCCUACCGUCCCGCUCAUCAGCCCCACGACUGCCCUGCCAAAGGACAUCACCACACCUACCAAAUCCAAAUCCCGUUCCUACAUGAGUCCUACCACUAGCUCUAUGGCCAAGAUGUCCCGCUCUGUUUCCAUGGGUGACAACUUGAAUGUGGUAGAGCUAGAAGACACAGGAUCUUCAGACCUACGCCGGGGCUCAAGUUCGGACACUUCCAACCCUCGGAGCACCUCCCAAAGCAAGCCCACCACUCCUGUUGCCCAGGUUUCAUCCCCUAAUACUUCGGCAUCCCCAUUUCCAGGCCCCUCCAUGCCCCAUGCAGCAGUCAUACCCACGCUGAGUGCUGGCUCAACUGGAAACUCUUCCUCUAAAGGUCUCCAGGUCAAACUGACUGGCAGUGCUCGACCACUGCUCCAUAUAGACAUUCCUAAUCCUCUUCCAGAUAAACCCUUGUUAUCUUCCCUCUCGCCAUGCAGCAAGACCCCCAAACCUGAACAAAAGGAAAAGGAGUCCUCAAGUAGAACUCCAACAACUCCCUCUUCAAAUCCUGGAGCAGUUCACUUGCCCAACAGCAUUGUACAACCGGUCACAGCUGUUUGUUUGAGUCCAUCUGAAACCCCAGACCAGAUUGAGCUUAGUAUGGUACUUGUUCCCAGCCAGACCAAGAAUUUAACGGAAGAUGAACUCCACUCGCACACAGAGCUGAGAAAAGAGGACACCUCCCAGACUGAGUGCCCUCCCAUGAGCCGGUGCAGUCUAAGUCUUCUUCAGUCUUCCUCAGGAUCUCAAGAUUCAGGUUGGCCAGGACAUCAGUCUUCCCUUGUUCCAUCUUCUGUUCUGCUAUGGCUUGGGCUGUCUAAACACUUCUUUACCAAAGGGCUCUGGCCUCUCUCAUCCUCUACCUCCUUCAUCACAUCCUUCAUCUCUUCUUCACCCUCUUCCCCCAUUAACCAUUACCACCUGCAGGACACAUCUCUCAGUGUGGAUUCUUGUAGGCUGGCUGCCAAUGAAUUGCAGAGCAGUUUUAAAAGAGCCUCCCACCUCUACAAAAUGCUAAGCAACUCCACCGACUCCAGAGAGGAGCAGCAGGAAAUGGCACAUGUGCUGGCCGAAGCAUUUGAGGCGAUGAGAGACGAGCUGAAUUGCCUGCCACCAUGCACUCCUUCAAGAUCUCCCAGCACUUGCACUGUGCGCACAAUAGCUAACAGUGAUGCAACAUUAGGUGAUGACAGGACACUUGCCCUUUUAGAGCAGUACUCCAGACUGCUGCUCAGUGCAGUGGAGAAGAGGAUGGACAACAAAAUCUGAUUUCUGUGAUUUCUAACAGGAUACCAAGCCAUGAGACUGCACAGCAGACUCUUUUUAAAUAGCGAGGAGCUUUUAAUAAAGAGAUUGAAAAGAAAUUCCACUAUCCUACCUCCCUGUUUAGCAUGCUACUAUGGCAGCAACACACCCCUGACUUUUCUCACCCCUUUGCAAAAUGUUGUGCCCUGCUACUAAAAACGCAUCCAGAUAGUUUGGCCAUCGUAACUUUUGAAUGACCUACACGGCAUCAGGGAGAGUAACUGAUUAUAUGGUUUUGUUAACUGCAUGGUACAGCAAAAUUGAUUCAGUGGUUAUCGUCUUAAAAGACGAAUAAGCAUUUUUAUAUGGAUACAAUAUUCUGUCAUGUGUAAAAACAAACUGUUGUUGAAAGGAAUCUCCAGCAACCACCAUUUAUUUGAACAUUGUGUUUGAUAUUUUUAGAAAUUCUCAGUGCUCUCUUACGAAGGGAUCGGUAUCCCUGGAAGUCUUUGCAAGGCAGAUUUGGCUCACUUUUGCCUUUUAUUAUGGAAUGAUUUUUAUACUGUAUGUUGUGUUUGUGCUGAUACUCUCGAGUUGAAUUGGGAUGUCGGGGUUCAUAUUUAUUCUCAUGUGAUAGGUCAAGGAGUCGCACAGAGGCUCUUCAACGUUUGUUUGUUGUAUAGUGUCAAUGUCCUGAUGCCCAGCAGAGUCAGUUGGGUGCCAGAGAAAAAAUGGGGGAAUUUGAAGGAUGAUUUUGUAUUGUUUUAUUUGCAGGACUUUUUUGUACUUGAAUGGUAACCGUCUCAUGGAUACAGGUGCCUUAAUCUCGACCAGCAAUUUGUUUGAAGGAAUGAAUCUGGCAUUUGUAAUUCAAGCAGGUUAUAUAACGAAAUGAUCAGUGAUAUUUGGAUGUUGUCCACCUCCAAUUGAUUAAUUCUAGGCUGCAGAUUGUGACAAAAACAAAACUGCCAUAAAAACACUGAAUUGAAUUGAUUGUUCUGGUGACACUGAUAGAGUUGCAAUAGCCAAGUAGAUAAAGUUGUGUGCACAAAUUAUGAGAACGGUUUACAGAUUUUACAGAACUUUGAUUUUUAAAAUACCCUUAUCCUGAAAAGCAUUUUUACAGGAAAACUCGUUUUCCAAUUAUGACUUCUUAAAGGUGUUUUAUUGUUAUGUGAUGUGCUGUUAUUUUCCCAAGAGCUACACAAAACAGUCACUCUGUAUUCCAGUCUUUCCCACAAUCCAUUGCUAUCUAGGUUAAGGUGUCGCCUCUUUGACCUCUGCUUGAAACAACUCUUCUUUUUCCGUGAUAAUAUUGAUAAUGUACAGUAAGGCACUUGUUGUGUCAUUAAGCUUAAUUCAAAAUGAUGGCGUAAUAUGUUAAGUGUACUGUAACUUCUUAUAUAGAUGGACCUGCACAUAUUUUAACGUGUCCAGCUCUUCUACUGAUACAAAACCAAGCUAAAGCCAGGUGCACACUGUACGAUUUUGGGAUCUUAGAAGAUUUUUUUUGUCAACGGGACAAAUUGACGGGAAAAUAUUGACAGUCUUUGAUCGCUUAAGUUAACGCCGUCAGUGGUGACCAAAGAUUUAUAUCAUAGAGCCUGACAUAAAAUACAGUCGACAUGGCUUUUUCUCACAGGUGUCAUAUUGUACGAUCUGACAUCAAAAAAAAAAAAAGUUGUACAGUGUACACCCAGCAACUAGUUCAGCUGCAACUUGCCUGG